GAGAUUAAUACUCAAAAAUGUGAAAACUCUGGAGACAACGAAGAGCAGGAGAUCAAUAGUCAAGAAAGCUCACACGUCGACUAUCAACAAAAGCGCUCAAUUCAAGAUAUCUGUAAAGACCUCGACGAUUUGGAGCGUGGUCUACGUCUACUCCCCACACGACGAAUCACAAAAAGUUCACCAGGUAUCAAGCCUUGGGUCAGAUGCGCCUUCUGCGGAAGACGAGGUAUACAUUACUCUGAUUCAUGCCCUGACUUUCCCGAUGGCGACCAGCGAUACCGCCUCAUCCUACAAGACGACAGGUGUGUCUACUGUCUAGAAAGGUGCAAUCCAUACGUGGAAUGCCGUGAACAAGAAAAGGCGUUUCCUCAUCCCAAGAGACAAUGGCCACCACCGUUCGUUAUGCACUAUACCAAAUUCGAAGGGAUGGAUAAGAAACGUCAUCGACGACAUUAUGUUGUCCUGCUCGAUAGCCGCAUAAAAGGAGGUGAUUCCAACGUCCGCCAGCUUUCUGCUACAACACCAAGUCGCGUCCGUCCAGCUCAACGGCCACAAUUGGACCCGCUCAAUCUGGGACAAUAUUCUUCAAUAUCGCGUAGGACAACGGUUCGGCUGAUCAAUAUUAGUGGGACUAUUUAG